AUGAAUCACGAAGAAUUUAUUGACAAAGUUCAACUUGAAAGGCACAAAAAACUAGACGAAAAUGCAGAUUUGCCAUACAUUGAAGUUAGUUUUCCGCCAAAGAAAGAUUUUGAAUCUUAUAAUUUAGCAAACAAAUUAAUUCCUCCUCCUGCAUUCUCACUUACUGAUGAAUUUGCAUCAGAUAAUCAAAUCCCAUCAUUAUCCGUUAAUAUACCAUUCAUUCCUUUUGAUGAAAAGCAAUUGAACCAAACAAGUAUCGAAUUACCGCCACCAAACGAUUCGGACAGCGAAGGGUCAUUAGUUACUUCAGAAGAAAAUUCAAAAUUACUUAUUUUAAAUGAAAAAAUUUUCAAACCUCAAGAUGCUCACCUUUUCGAGGGUUUUCAAGUCCGAUUUGAGAAAAUUGUUCCAGCAAUUUUACUCCCAAAUAACACUUGCGCAAUUUUUAUUUCGGAUGUCAAUUUAGGUUUUAGUUUAUCGGUAAUUUACGAUACAAUAAUCGUUCUAUCAACAACAGAACCUUUGUUCAUCAGUCAUCCAUUUUAUUUCAGAAAAAUUGAAUCUGAAAAUUCAAUUCUACAGGCUUUGAGACCUUUUAUUGAAUAA